AUGCCACAAUAUAAAGGUUGCCAAAGUCAUGAAAUAUCUGGGAUUGUCCACUCACUGGGAGAUAAAUCGAGUGCUGAUGACCCUGACAUCAAAGUGGGUGACAGAGUUGUGAUCUACCCUUUCAUUGGUUGCCGGAAGUGUGACGUAUGUAGUGGCGGCUCCAAUCAACUCUGUCCAGACGCCAUCAAGGGAACGCUUGGAGCGCAGCAACCCGGGGGAUACGCAACCUACGUCAGUGUCCCUGAGAAAAAGUUCGCCGUCAAAGUGCCCGAAUCGGUUGGCAUGGAUACAGCAGCUAUCAUUGCCUGCAGCGGUGUUACAACUUACCACGGAGUCAGCGUCGUAAAACCAACAUUAGAAGAGCUGCUUAAACUAAGAGGCAAAACGAAGCUGCUGGUUAUCGGCGCAGGGGGACUGGGGCUGUGGUGUGUACAAAUAGCCAAGGCCAUUCUGCCGCCAGAUGUCAGAGUGAUCAGCGCCGAUAUUACGACUUCUAAAUUAGAAAUUGCCAAAGCCGCUGGUGCUGAUGAUGUCGUGUUGUGGGAUCCCACAGUGGAUGAAGCAACGCUGGUGGAGCGUACGAAGGAGAUAUCUGGGGGAGGAGUGGACGCCGUAAUUGACCUCGUGAAUAAUGGGAUCACAACCAGCAGAGCUCUCAACUGCUUGAAUUAUGGUGGUAUUUUGGCCAUCAUUGGGCUAUUUGGCGGCAGUAUUAAUAUACAGCUUCCAACAUUUGUCUGUAAGACUCACUGUUUGAGAGGAGUCUACGUUGCCAGUCCACAGCACCUGAGAGAACUCGUGAAACUUGUGGCCGAGAAACAGCUCAAACCUCCCCCAAUGUCAUACUACAGCCUUGACCAAGCCAACGAAGCUCUGAUGAUGCUCAAGGAUGGCAAGAUUAAUGGCAGAGCACUUCUCAAAAUGGACGACUGAGAACCAGCAGAAUGUCAUGAGUUAUAGGCGUAUUCAGAGCAGGUCAGUCUUAAACCGAUGUUAGUCCGACUAACGUUCAGAAAUGAAGUUACUCCGUUUGAGAGCUGACCUGGUCUUAGCUCUCCUGGUUGAUUCACAAGUUACGUUCCGCCUGCUUAAAGUUUUCUACACGCAUGUUGAAAAUUGUAUACAUCAUUUGGAAUAAAAUUCAUAAUAAAAAUAAGUGGUGCAAUAUUCAAGCCAAAAACAAGGAUGGGAGUAAUAGCA